GAAAAAAUUAAAAAUAUCAGUUACAAAAAGCCUUAUAGGACAAAAAAGCCCAAAUCUUUAAGGAACCUCUGGCAUAAUAUCCGAUUCCUAGUUACCGAAAACCUCCGUGACCGGAAAACCAACUCGAAGCGCCCGUGAUCUGCGUGUCUAAAGGAGCAAGAUGGGACGGGUUUGAAGACUGAACUACUUUUACUGAUCGACGUCAGUUAAUGUUACACUAAAAUUAUACUGUACUUUCGACUGGAGUUGACUUGGCUGCUUCGUCUCGCUUCUUCUCGUCUGUGGGCAAUAUGACGGCAAUGAAAAUAAAGGUUGGGGCCGUUCCACGUGGGAAGCCCACUCCUAUUUUUCUAGACUUAUUUUGCCGGAGUCUUAUUAUCCUGUGCACAUUUCUGUCCGUCAUCCUCUCAUCUGUUGCCGUGUGUGAUGGUCACUGGAUGCUCGCCGGUCGCCGUAUGUUCGGCCUUUGGUAUUUCUGCUCACUGGAGGAGGAGGAGCAGGGCUCCCAGAGUUUUAAAGCAUCCUCUAACUGCACCAGACAUCUGGAGGAGGCAGGGGUGGAUGGUCUAGGUGUGGGCUUGGCUGUGUGUCGUUCUGUGAUAACGUUGGCUGUGGUCAGUGCCAUAUUCGGACUGGAGUUGCUUGUGAUGUCACAGGUCAGCGAAGGAAGAGACUCCAGUCAACGGUGGACCCUCGGGGCACGGCUGGUGCUGCUGGCAGGAGUAAUGGCUGCUGGAGGGGUCGCAACUUUUGUACUCCUGUUAAGGGCAUCUGCAACGCUCCUUGGGUUUACUCUCACCUUCUGGUGCCAGUUCACUGCUACCUUCCUGUUCUUCCUUAGUGGAAUGGCAGCACAGCACAUCCAGCAUAUCGAACCGCUGCUGCCCUUUAGUGGACAUCCUGAGAAAGUGUAGAAAUAAGGCCGGCGCUAACAAUAAACUCUUUAAAACUUGGAGAGGGUGCAUUAGAAGCUGCUGUUGGUUCAUCUUGAGCAUAUGCAUUCUUUUGGAUUAAUACUGAGAAGUGAUUUUGAAGUUUUGCAAAUAAUGAGGACCUUUUUUAAAAAGGUCCCAAAAAGGCCCAAUGUAUCAGUGUUUUUAUGAAGCAAUUUGCCGGGGGGUUUUUUACCUGUCAAAAUUCAAAAUUACACAUUGCACUGUGUUGUGUUUGAGCAUUAAAGGAAAUGCCUGUAUACUUAAUAGAAAAUAUCCUAGCAGAAGAUUACUGCAGGCCAGGUGUUGAAAUAAAUGUUUUAUUAGUU